AUGACUAAGGACAGUGAAUAUGGGAUUAUCGUUGUUCAUGACCCAGAGAACACGUCUGCUUCCGAAGACGAAAACCGGGUUAAUAAUACUGUUUUUGAUUUGGUCGCGAUUCAUGGCCUGAACGGGGACCCUAUCAACACAUGGACUCACACGGAAACUAGAGUGAUGUGGCUAAGAGAUCUUCUACCUGCAGCGAUUCCAGACAUCCGUAUCAUGACCUUUGGAUAUAAUGCCCGCUUCAAGAAUUUUACCGCGCAGCAAGAUUUACGAAGUAUAUCAUCGAAGUUGCUCGCUGAGCUAGUAGAUCUCCGGACAACGGAAGAUGAGAAAUCCCGGCCUAUCGUGUUUGUUUGCCACAGCCUGGGGGGAAUCGUAGCGAAGAAGGCGCUGUUGAUAGGCUGUACCGAGGAGCAGGAGCGCGUCCAACAGAGUGUAUAUGGAAUUUUAUUUCUUGGCACGCCUCACAAUGGUAGCAGCCUCGCAGCCACGGGAAAGGUCCUGGCGAAUAUUGUCGCAACAUUCUCACCAAUAAGAACUCCUCGUGCGCUUAUAAGGACACUGCAGAAGGACUCAGAGGCCCUGUUAGAAAUUACUGAAGACUUCCUCAAGAGGAGAAAGAAAAUCCGUCUUGUAUCCUUCUACGAGCUCGAGUUCACCUCCAUCGGCCCUUUUUUAAGAAAACUAAUUGUCGACCAACGCUCCGCGGUUCUAAAUGUUCCUCAUGAGAUCACCGUUCCCCAAUUCGCCGACCACAGGAAUAUUGCCAGAUUCAGGUCUUCGCAGGAUCGGUCCUUUCGACCCGUGCUUUCUCGGCUGAAAGAGUUUGCUCAGACCCUACGCAGUGGCCAUCCGGGUGGAACGCGGUCUUUCACGGAUCAAAACAAUGAGUCUUGCAUUCCAUUCGACCUACAGACACAGCCAUACCAGAACCAGCCACAAACCAGACGGACAUUUGCGAUAUGUGGUCUCGGAGGGACGGGGAAAACGCAGACAGCUUUGCACUAUGCCGUCCAAAAUUUGGCAAAGUACAAGUCGGGGAUUGCCUUUGUAAACGCAACAUCAAUGGCCUCGCUUACGGCAGACUUUGACCGCUUACAUGACCUUCUUCGACUUGGAGACUCCAAGGACAAGAUCAGAGCCGUUAAAAGCUGGCUAUCUCGGCCUGAAAACAGUAAAUGGCUUCUGGUGUUCGAUAACGCUGAUGAUCUGGACACAGUACCACUUCAUAAGUUUUACCCGGCCGUGAACUGGGGCCACAUUAUUAUCACCAGUCGUGACCAGGCGGUGAUUGGCAGCAUAGCCGAGAACGGCCAUAUUUUGAGUCCCCUGAGGGAAGGCGAUGCAGUGCAACUACUACUCGAAAAGUCAGGGAUCCAGCACCCUACUGAAGGUGACAUUGAAGACGCAAGGACCGUUACAGGACUUCUCGGGUCUCUCCCUCUCGCCUUGGUACAAGCUGGAGCAUUCGUUCGCUCAAGGCAUCGAAGUCUUCAGCAAUAUUGUAGGCUGUACAGGACUCGGCGAGACGAUCUGCUUGGCUUCGCUUCCCGUCUUGGAAACUCUGAAAAGGCAGUCUUAACGACCUGGGAAAUCAACUUUAAACAAGUGGAGCGGGAGUCCCCGGGAGCUGCCUCUUUGCUUCUUCUGGUCUCAUUUCUGGAACAGUCUUCGAUUCCGGAAAUGCUUCUACAUCGAGGCACCACUCCCCAAAGAAGAUGGAGUGAGGAUGGGGAAAUGAUCGAGGUAACUGCGGAAACGGAAGGGGUGGAGAAACACUUGGUCCAGGUCAUCCAAGGAGACUUUGAGUUUGACAUGGCCGUGGAGAAGCUACUUUCCUUCUCGCUGAUUUCCUGCAACAAAGAAUCCGAAGGGCUUAGAAGCUUUUCCAUUCAUCCGCUUGUCCAAUACUGUGCUAUAAAACGGUUAUCACCAGUUGAUGUGAGAAAAUGGCGAUGGCAAGCUCUUUUACUCGUUUGUCACGCGUUUCCGAGGAAUCGCUUCCUCGAGCCGCUGAAUGGAGAGGUUGGAAGGACGUUGCUACCCCAUCUGAGUCGAGUCCUUUCUGAAUAUGAUGCAAUGUGUCUCGAGCACGGAGACCCUGCCUCCUUUCGGCACGAACUCGCAUCGACUCUUCUCGCCGCUUCACGGUUUUCGAAUGCAAAAUGGAAAGUUGAAGCAAUCGACCGUACCAAAAAGCUCCUCGAAGGUGACAAUGAUCGUUUCCUUAACGCCUGGCUAGCAUUUAGAGAGAGCUCGGUAAUGAGAAUGUCAGGGAAGUUAAGAGAGUCGGAGAGCGCCCUGUAUAAAUUCUUGCACGACGCGGCUACGCCCAAAGAGAAAGAGUUGGAAUUGAGUAGGAGAUAUAACGCCCAACGUGGCGAGCUCGUCAUUUCAUUCGCAGAGAACCUAAUUCGCGAAGGGAAGCUCGUCGAAGCGAAAGCGGAGUUGACAGAGUGGUCGCCGCUGGACAUUGCCCCUUCCUCUCUUGAAAAAAUAACUUCAAGAGCCCGGGAUAUAACUCUGGGUAAGACCCUUCGACUCCAGGGCCUCUUCCAUGAAGCCCUGGCUCAACUCAACGGUGUCCUUCAAGACUGCCUUCUAGACGAAUACUUUGAGGGAACUGGCUGGUAUCGGGUCCUCCUUUCGGAAGUCGCCGACCUACGGUGCGAAUUGGGACAGCCUCUUGAGGCAGAAAAGCUCUUGAUUCAGGAGUUGACCCCAAUGAGAGAGAAGGGCACGCAAGACAUUGCCACGGGCCGACGGCUAAGAAUGUCGCUCGCGGAGACAUACCUGGAACGGAACAUGUUUGCGCAGGCGGAGGAGCUUCUGCUUGAGCUUCAUCGCGCAUUUUCGUCUUCUGAUGAACCGGACUAUAAUGCUCAAUUCAACAUUUUCCGCCUCUGGAUUUCACUGGCGAGGAUUUCUCAUAAGCAGUCAGAGUGGGAGCAAGCGAUUUUGCGCUGGAGAAACGCUUUAUCGGCCUUGGGGCGCCUGGGCCAGGACAAGAGUUUCAAUGCUGGUCUUGUGCGUUGUUCCGUCGCACAUACACUUUUAAUGAUGGGGUGUGAGACAGAUAGCAAGCAUAUUCUGCAAGAGGCGAGAACAAACAUGGCAUCGGAGGCUCGGGUAUAUUGGAUUCCCCUUUUCAAUUCGCAUUGGCAUGACUAUAUCACCAAAGCCACGCAUCUGUCUCUAUGA